AUGAAUACAUAUGUAUGUAUAUAUGUCUGGAGUUCUGUAGAUUUUCUCUUCUGUAGCGACUUAUCCUUCCAUUUUUCCUUUUGUUUGUUUGUUUGCUGUUGCGACGUGUUUACUUCCAUUGAUAACCUCUUGUCUACUUCAGUCCUUUCCUCUUUCUCUAAUGUAUAUAUAUGUAUAUGUAUAUAUAUUGCAUGUCGUUUCUCGUGUCUGUACUGCUUUUUUUUUUUUUUUUGUGUGUGUGUGUUUGUGUUACGCUUAGGAAAGAAAAGAAAGAUGUUUUACUGUACCGUCUGUGGUGCCUUGUUUGGGAAUCCCCAGCAGCUGAUGUUACACCAGCAGUCUCAUUCUGUUGACAUGCAGCUUGGCGGUGGGAUGCAGCCACAGUACGCCUUAGGCGCCAUGCCAAAUCUUCCCAUUGGUAUGUACCCUAUGGCCCCAAAUUUACUUCAGAGCGAUUCUCAGCUACUUUACGCUGGUGGACUGGGGGGAGGGUUGCAAAGAGGUUCAAUAGACAGCACGGCGUUAACACGCCGAUUAGCCCCACCGAUGAUUGCCGGCAAUAAUGCUGGUUACAUCAUACCUGCAAAAGAUAUGUACAUGAAUGAACAAUUGUUGCAAAUACUUAUGAACCUGAGGCAUCCAAGCACGGAGGUUGAGCGUCUGCAAGCUGAGUUGUCGCGUUUUCGUCAACAAGAACAAGAACAAGAAAAGCAAAACCAAGAAAAACAACAACAACAGGAACAAAAACAAAGACAAAUUCCUCAAACACGGUUGAUAUUGGAUUCCGUUUUAAACGAGGAAAAAGAUGUGGAUUUUGAUUCGUCUACAACAUCAUGCUCUUUGCUGGGGCCGGCCACAUAUGCAUUGAGGCUCGAUUACAUUGAUGGUCUUGAUAUCCAAAUACCAUUAGAAGAUAUCUCUAUUGGUUUGGACGAGUACCGCCUUCUCAGUGGGUUGGAAAAUCAUUUGCUGGAAGCUGUAAGGAAGAGGUAUUACGCUAGUGCGACCAUUGAAAAGGCAAACUCCGACCGUAUCCUUUUGUCACUGAAGGACCCGUUGGAGUUUACUCUUCGGCAUUCGCAUGAAUUGCAUGUGUUAAUCAUCACCUUUACAUGCCGUGAGACGACUCUUUUCUGGGCCUCCCUUCGUGCGCAUAAAGAAGGCAUGUGGAUCACUGCUCUGCGGCGGUCACCGGUGGAUGUGUCAACGUGCUUGGAGACAACGAGCAGUUGCCUCCCAGAGACGAUGUUGUGCGGGGCAAUUCAGGCCGACCACUCACAGGAUGUAUUUGUCAGAACGGCAAAGCAAAUGAGCAGUACAGAACAGCCGCGUUUGAUUCUCGUUGAGGAUGGGAAAAGAUUGAUAUUGACGUCCAAACCGAAACCAAAUGGAGAAUUGCCUGUGGAUAAAGCGACGGACGAAUCGCGGCAUGAAGACAUGCCACGUGCCGUUUUGGAAGAUGACGGAGAUGUUCCUAAAGAUAUGAAACUUGUCAAGAGCCUCCUUUGGAAUCUCCAGUUUGAUUCAAACGGUACCCUAAUUCUUCCCAGGAAUUUUAAAACCUUCUCACUUUCGCGUUCACGCCUUGCCAAUCUGUCGCAGGAAUUAAAGACAGAGGCGAGCGUUUUGCUUCAGAUCCGUCCCGACGGCGUUUUACCUCAUCUUGAAGGAUUCGCGGGUCAUGGAAAAUACAAUAACGAGGUGAACCUCAACAUCAGUUUUGUGACUGGUAUCCCACUAAACGCGGUGCGAUCUCGUGUACUUGUGUACUUAAUUGAAAACAUUGACCUGGAGACAGUGGAGGUGGUGAACAAAGCCGACAACCCCGCCGUGUUACUAAGACCUCCUGAUGAGAUUCAGUAUUCAACGGUUGGUGAAGGCGUUUUGUUUCCUACUUUUAACGUCAGCAUGUUGGGGAUUUUUGUAGCAGAGAAAACGCAUGCCCUUGUCAUUAUUGAAUACGUCACAUCCACAAAAAGUGGACCCAUUGUGUUUGGUCAUGCUUCCUUUCCUAUUCACUUGGGCUCCAGGAAGGGUAACUUUCUCUCUCGAAUACGAUUAGGGGACCCGCGGCGGCCCGAGGCCCGUGAUAUUCAUUCUGUAAUUUCACUUGAGGCAGAAAGAAAUGCUAUGGAGCAAUAUUCACAAGACCAAAAAGAAGAUGCAUUAAAUUCGCAGGCUUUAUAUAACUCCUUAUUUGAACCACCAGGGAGAUAUUUUAAUUGUUGCCCAUGUGGCUACAUUAUGUGGUCUUUAGACAGCGAUCCAGACUCCUUGUACUUUGAUUUUCCCGAUGAGCCAAAGCCAGUGGCUUCUGAGAAGGACCUCUAUGUUAUUUGGCAGGGAAUGGAUCCGAAAAACAUCCCGUUCAGUGAUGACUGGGAAACGAUAUUAAAAGCCUUUAUGGGUAUGGCUAGUCCUAUGGGAAACAGGAUUAAUUAUAUUCUGCCGCAUAAUGCAAAACGAGGAUUUUAUUUUGACAUUGAAAGUUUGCAUAACAUGGGUACAAGUCACGCUCUUUAUGCUGUUGCCUCCGAUUUGGGAGAGGGUGGCCCGGAUGAGAUUGUGCUAACGCUUCAUCGAGACUGGUCUUCCGAUGUCAGUGCGCCGCUGUUUAAGGAACCACUGCGCAUGCUUACUGGGAUGAAGUACGAUUCAUAUUUUACUGCCAUCCUCUAUCUAUUCAAGCUGUCAAAUCUCAGAUCCAUCAAGGAACAUGGAGAAAAGGAAGUAAAAAUAUCCUCCGUGGGAUGGUCGAUGAUUAGGCUAGAUCUAGGGGAAGGCAUAUUACGUCAUGGUCGUUAUGCCUUGCCGUGGUUUUCUGGUGUUCCACCUCCUGAGAUGCUUGAGCAGCUGAGCUCUGAGCCAAUUGAAAAAGUAUUUCCCAGCUUUCUAUGUGAGAAUAAAAUAGAGUUUAUGGAAUCCAAAUCUACCGUCGUUGUAUCCAUCAGUGAUGCGGCAGACGUGGGGCAAAUUGUUGCGGACCACCCCGGCCGGCCAUUACCGCAGAAGUUGUUUCUCUCCAAAGGAGAAAAGGAGUCAUUUCCAUCUGGCGUCUAUGAAGGUGCGGUCGGGUACACGCAGCAACAGAUGGUAACUGCGAUGGAGCUGAAUGUAAAGGAUGUUGAGCGAGCGGUAAACGCAUGUCUUAAGGCGUACAUUCGUGAGAAUUUAGAAGAAUAG